AUGAGUAUUGACACCAGUAAAAAUUAUCGUCGUAAAAUUUAUGCCUGUGCUUUGAAGAAUGUUUCCGAUCACAAUGCCAAAGUUGUUCUCACUUAUGAAGGCAUUCCAAAUGACAAAGGAGAAGUCAAACAUACACGUUUGGAUAUCGAUGUAGAGAAGGGUAAAACUCGUUAUCUAUCCGAAAGAUUAGUCACUCGUCCAACUUACAACAUUCGUGAAGUGAUCGAACGUGUCGAUGCUACUUUAGACAAUGGAACAAAAUUAGAAUUAACAGCACCAUUCGACGAUGUAACAAGUCCAACGGCUGAUUGGCAUUUCGUCAUCGAAAAUAAUCUCAUAAAAUCAGCUGGUCCUACACCAGAAUUCGGCAAAUAG